AUGGCUGCCUUGCUGGAGGAGGCCAUGGAGAGCUACCAAUACCAGCCCCCCUACAACCCCUACCGCUAUUACCCCAAAGGAAGCAAAGGGGGCCCUUGGAGGCAGCGCAGUGGCUGCAGCAGUGGCUACUUCUCCAACUAUGGAGACAGUGCUGCAUGUGCAGCUGCUGCAGCAGAGUACUUGGAGGGCUUCCAGCGGGCGCAGCUGAAGGCCCUCUUGGCCCAGGUCAACCCAGCCUUGACCCCCAGGCUGCGCAGGGCCAACACCAAGGAGGUGGGCAUCCAGGUCAACCCCAGGAAGGAUGUGGCUGUUCAGUGCUCCCUGGGACCCAGGCCCCUGCUCCUCCUCCGCAGGAGAGGGGCCCCUACUGCUGCCCAGCAAGAGCAGGGCCAAGGGCAAGGGUCAGGCUUCCCCAUCCGCUUCCCCAGAACCCUGGCCCUCUACUCUCCAGUGGCCUCCAGACGCCUCACUGCCUUCCUCCAAGAAGAGGAGAAGGAGAAGAAGGAGGAGAAGGAGCCCCCCAAGGAAGGGGCCCCAGAAGAGGGACCCUCCAGGGAAGGGGAGAGUGGGUCAGAGGCCCCCAAAGAGAAAGAGAAACAGAAGGAGGAGGAGGAGGAGAAGGAAGAAGAAGAGGAGGCCCAGGUUGCUCAGAGCAAGACCAGGGUCCGCUUCCAGUUCCUUGAGCAGAAGUAUGGCUACUACCACUGCAAGGACUGCAACAUCCGCUGGGAAAGUGCCUAUGUGUGGUGUGUGCAGGGCACAAACAAGGUUUACUUUAGGCAGUUCUGUCGAACUUGCCAGAAAUCCUACAAUCCCUACCGCGUGGAGGAUAUUACCUGCCAAAGUUGCAAGCAGACAAGGUGUACCUGUCCUGUGAAAUUGCGCCAUGUAGAUCCCAAGCGACCCCAUCGCCAGGAUCUUUGUGGGAGAUGCAAAGGCAAACGUCUUUCAUGUGACAGUACAUUUAGUUUCAAAUAUAUUAUUUGAGCAAGAUAACAGCAAAAUAAUUUUUGGCACGAAGUUGCAAUUUCAGAGUUUUUUUGGAGCAGGCUGUGGCAAUAGAAAGCCUGCCAGUAGACAUGUGGUAAAA